AUGAUCAUCCUUGCUGAAGCAUUACCCGUCGUUGGAAUGUGGAAAAAGUACAAGCCUGGAACUGGAAAGAAUUACCACCUUUGGAAGAACGAAUACGAAAAGCCAUGGAAAAGCGAGAACGAGAUUCUCACUGAAGAAGACUAUAACGAAUGGUUUCAGAAAACUGAGCAAUAUUUCGAGGACUUGGCAAACGGAAAGUAUAGACUUUGGGACCAGCAUUUGAGUGUUGUUUUUGGUGAUAAUGGUGUGAUAUACUACGAUGAUGGCGUUGAUUAUGGUGACUAUUACGAGGCAUUCGACAAUGAGUUAAAAUAA